GGAACGGCCGGGCGAUGGCGCAGCGCGCGGGAGGGCGGGCUCUGUGCCUGCUGAGGGGCCGCUUGCUGCCCCCCGGCCCGGCGGCCGCACGCCUCGGCUCCUCGGGGCCCGCGCUGCAGCGGGCGGGCGGCGCCGAGGAGGCAGAUGCUGAACUCAGUAGCAGGAAGAAGACAUUCACUGAGGUUCAGACAGAACGAUUGGAACAGGCAGAUCGGAGUGUGUUAAUUAAGUGCCCAUCAAAACUUAAUGAAAAAAAAUUACUGCAGUAUUUAUCCAGCCAUGGAAACAUUGACAAUUACUUCUUUUUUGAAAAUCGUGGUAUUCAUGCUUUAAUAGAAUUUUCAGAGAAGAGCAGUGUAGCCUCACUACAGGCUGUUACUGGAAUUCCAAGGGCUGCUGAGCAUCAUGUUGUCCCAUAUAAAUCCAGACUUUUUACUUUCACACUGAAAAACCCCGGUAGUCAAGCUGCUGAAGAAAGGCCAGUCAACCUCUCUCCUCAGUCUCACAUUCCAGUGAAUGAGCUUAUUCCAAAGCUUUGUCGUGCAGACAGUGUAAGCAGUCAAAUGUACACUCUGCUGGAUGAGUAUCAACUUACAGAAGAAAACAUCAAGCUCCGAUACCUGGCCUGUUCUCUGGUUCGGGAUUUUGCACGCGCGUAUUUUCCAGACAGCACUGUAAAGCCAUUUGGCUCUUCAGUGAACACCUUUGGCAAAUUGGGGUGUGAUGUGGACAUGUUUCUGGACUUCCGUGAUAUACAGAAGCAUCCUACAAAAAUGAAAAAAGGUCCCUUUGAAGUGGAGUAUCAGAUGAAAAGAUUGCCAUCGGAAAGAUUAGCAACUCAGAAGAUUCUUUCUAUAAUUGGUGACUGUCUUGACAACUUUGGUCCUGGGUAUUCAAAUGUACAGAAGAUACUCAACGCUCGCUGCCCCCUGGUGAAAUUCUCCCAUCAACCAACAGGAUUCCAGUGCGACCUGUCAGUGAGCAACAGCAUUGCUAUAAGGUGUUCAGAACUCCUGUAUAUUUACGGCUGUUUAGAUCCCCGUGUGAGAGCUCUGGUGUUCAGUUUACGAUGCUGGGCCCGUGUUCAUGGGCUUACAAACAGUGUGCCUGGUACCUGGAUUACAAACUUCUCUUUAACCAUGAUGAUCAUGUUUUUUCUGCAAAAGAGAUCGCCACCUAUCAUUCCAACACUAGACCAACUUAAAGAGCUGGCAGAUGAAAAAGACAAACAUGUAAUUGGAGGGUAUGAUUGCUCAUUUGUGAGUGACUUCAGCAAGGUUAAGCCUACAAAAAACAUGGAAACGCUUGAUGAGUUGCUGUGUGACUUUUUUCAAUACUUUGGAAACUUCGACUUCAGAAAGAAUUCCAUAAAUCUUCGAAAGGGAAAGGAAGUAAAUAAACCUGAGUCGUCUCCUCUUUAUAUCUGGAAUCCUUUUGAGCAAGACCUUAAUAUCAGCAAGAAUGUUAAUCAGCCGCAGCUGGAGAAAUUUGUAGCUGUGGCCAGAGAAAGUGCCUGGAUUUUACAGAAGGAAGAUAAAACCCAGCAGACGAUCAAUAAGGAACCCUGGGGACUGGCAGCUGUACUGAUACCAUUUGGAAAAAGCAAUCCAAACACGAUGAAGAGUAGGACAAAGGGAAUGGGAAGUGAAACAAUCAAAAGCCUCUUGGACUCUUUAAAGUUAAGUGAUGCAAACAACGUACAGAAAGCAGUGGGAAAGUGACUUUCAGCACAGAAACACAGUAGCUGCUGUUCUGUUUUAGGAAUUGAAUGUGGCACAGUUUGAAGAAUAUUGCUUUUAAUAUUUCUUUUGUGGUGAAAUGGAGAGUUGGGUGACCUCUGAUUGUCAUUGUGAUGGUUUUUUUACAGGUCUACUUUCUGUACAUCAUCUCCUCCUUUACUCUUCACUUUUCCUUGUGUUUUGUGAAUGAAGAGCAUUAAAAUGCAAAUUUUACAGGUA